UUCCCCAAUUUUUGCAGGGGCGAACGUACGUUCGCUGGCCGUAAUUUACGUAGGCUAUGGUUUUGACGUUUCCGUGGAAUUCUGCCCACUUCUUUCCCCCGCCACUAGCAACUACACAGUGAGAAGGUAGCAGCCUGUGAAGAAUGCCAUCACCAUGUCGAGAACUAAAGCUAUCAUGCCCAAUCGGAUAGCCACCAAGGCAAGAGAGGAGUCUGAGAAGGGGCUCAGGGAGAUAUUGGGCAACCAAAGUUGUCAGAUGAACAACAUCAUCAGAACCAUCUUCCAGACUCACUGCCAGUUUGACGAGCCCAGCCCUAAAUUGGUGUUGGGCUGCAGGAGUCCCAGUCAGAGUCCUUCACGCAGCAGUGGCAGCUUCAUAGCAAAAAGAAAUCCUGCUUCCAGGCCGCCCAGUAAGACCAACAGUAAAGAGCACCUAGCUUCCGUUCCACCCAGGUCUACCAACAGCACCCAACCCAACAAUACUCCUCUAGGUAGGAUGGAGCAGUCUUGGCCCCCACCUUCUACGACUUCUGGAAAAACUGGUCCUUCCAAAAGUGUGGAAGCCCUCAAUCGUCAAGUCAAAGCUGUGAAUAGCAAAGUCUCUAAAAUCCCCUCACACAAUGUGGCAGCCAGACCCAGACCAGGCAUUACGAACAAGAUCAAGAGGCAAAACAGUGUGUCAGAGUCUGGUUCCCCACCGUCAAUCAAAGCAGAGGAAACUGCUGCUGUUGCUGCAACCAGCAGCAGCAAAUUGGCCACAGACUUGAUCAACCUGUCCAUUUCCAAGACGCUCUGCCAACAACUGUCAAUUGAUCAGGACUCUGAAACAGUCCCCAGUCAGCCCAAGUCAACUGAGCUGGACUCUGUGCAGCAGCCCCAGCCGGCCGUCAAGGAAGAAGUAGAAGAAGAAGGCAAGAAGAAUAGCCUGGAAACGAUUGCCAAAACGGACUCGCUGCCUGCCGUAGUAGGCGGUGGUCAUCGGGAAAACGGUCACGAGAAAGAGGAGGAGAGUGACGAGACACACGCCAACGAAGAGAACGAAGAACAGGCGGUGGCCACAUCGCCGGACGAGCGUUUCCUCAAAUUCGAGGAGGAAUUUGGCCGCGGUAGUUUCAAGACCGUCUAUCGAGGACUUGACACGCAAACGGGAGUUUCAGUCGCCUGGUGCGAACUUCAGCCAGACCGAUUCUUAUCCGUUUGGGGGUCAGUUUCCCAUUCACAGACAUUCGGCGGGGCCGACAGGCGCGGGGUCGAGUCUAUGGGUCGAGUCUCUGGCAAAAUCAUACGUCACAAUCGGCCGCCUCCUGUUCCCCAACAGCAGCAGCAGCAGCCUGCAACUGUUGUUGUACAACAGCCUCCUCCUCAAGUGGUGCAACCAGUCAUACAGCAAGUUGUCCAGCAGCCUAUUCAGCAGGUUGUCCAGCAACCUAUUCAGCAGGUUAUCCAACAGCCGAUUCAACAGCCUAUCCAGCAGCCUUUUCAGCAGCCCAUCCAGCAGCCCCAAACUGCUGAAUCCUGGAUCAAUCGAUGGCGAUCCAGCAACAACAACAAACUUCUCCGGCGCCACAGCCGUUGA